AUGAGCAUUGCAGGAAGGGCAUCCUGCUCCAUGCUCAAUUGCUUUGGUGAAGAGGGGCCUCCCAGUCUGGAGUACAUCAAGGCCAAGGAUCUAUUCCCCCAGAAGGAGCUGGUGAAGGAAGAUGAAAGUCUUCAGGUCCCCUUCCCAGUUCUUCAGGGGGAAGGGGUGGAGUAUCUUGGCCAUGCAGAUGAGGCUGUCAUUGCCAUUUCUAACUACAGGCUCCACAUCAAGUUCAAGGAGUCAGUCAUCAAUACCUACCCAGAUGUGGACAAUGAAAUAUCUGUGCCCCUCAGGCUGAUCGAAAGCGUAGAGAGCAGAGAUAUGGGCCAGCUGCACAUUAUUUGCAAAGAUUCCAAAGUUGUCAGAUGCCACUUUACAACAUUCAAGCAGUGUCAGGAGUGGGUCAAGCGUCUAAGCAGAGCCAUAGCUCACCCGUCACGCCUCGAAGACCUCUUCGCACUUGCCUAUCAUGCAUGGUGUUUGGGAGGCAGUGCUGAUGAUGAAGACCAGCAUGUUCAUCUGUGUCGCCCAGGUGAUCACGUGCGUCAAAGGAUGGAAAUGGAGGUCAAAAGGAUGGGCUUUGACACGCAAAACAUCUGGAGGGUGUCGGCCAUAAAUUGCAACUAUAAGCUGUGCUCCAGUUACCCACAAAAGCUUCUGGUUCCAAUAUGGAUAACUGACAAGGAGCUAGAGAGUGUAGCCUCAUUCAGAUCCUGGAAAAGGAUUCCCGUGGUGGUCUACAGACACCAGAAGAACGGGGCAGUAAUCGCACGCUGCAGCCAGCCAGAAAUCAGCUGGUGGGGCUGGAGGAACACAGAUGAUGAGUACCUAGUGACAUCCAUUGCCAAAGCUUGUCAAAUGGACAUGGGUGCCAAGGUUUCCUGUGUUGGGGCUGCCUGCCAACAACGUGGAGAAGCUCCUGACUCAUCUGACAGUGAUUUUGACUCCUCACUUGCCGGCAGCUCGGUCUGUGACGACAACACGGUACCACAAAAGCUGCUUAUUUUGGAUGCUCGAUCUUACACCGCUGCAGUGGCCAACCGUGCAAAGGGUGGCGGCUGUGAGUGUGAAGAGUAUUACCCGAACUGUGAGGUGAUGUUUAUGGGAAUGGCCAACAUCCAUGCCAUACGGAAUAGUUUUCAGGCCCUAAGGACCGUCUGCAGUCAGAUACCUGAUCCAGGAAACUGGCUUUCGGCUCUGGAGAGUACCCGUUGGCUGCAACAUCUAUCUGUAAUGUUAAAGGCGGCCACGCUGGUGUGUUCAUCUGUGGAGAGAGAAAGCCGUCCUGUUCUUGUGCACUGUUCAGACGGAUGGGACCGUACACCACAAAUUGUUGCCUUGGCCAAGAUAUUGUUGGAUCCAUAUUACAGAACACUAGAGGGUUUUCAGUUGCUUGUGGAGACCGAUUGGUUGGACUACGGUCACAAGUUUGGGGACCGCUGUGGCCACCAGGAGAACACCGAUGACGUGAGCGAGCAGUGUCCCGUCUUUCUGCAAUGGCUCGACUGUGUUCACCAGCUGAUCAAACAGUUCCCAUGCCUGUUUGAGUUCAAUGAGGCCUUCUUGGUCAAGUUGGUGCAACAUACAUACUCAUGUCUCUAUGGUACUUUCCUAUGUAACAAUGCUCGUGAGAGGGAGGCCAGGAACAUUUACAAACGCACCUGCUCCGUUUGGUCCUUGCUUCGCACAGGAAACAAGAACUUUCAGAAUUUCCUCUACAUCCCAAGCCAUGAUAUGGUGCUGCAGCCUGUCUGCCACACACGAGCAUUACAGCUGUGGACAGCAGUCUACCUUCCCACAUCCUCUCCCUGCACUGCUGUGGAUGACUCUAUGGAACUCUACUUGUCUCCGAGUGUCACAGGGGAUGAACUUUCUUCUCGCUCCCUUGAUAGACUUCCCAAAACUCGCUCUAUGGACAAUCUUCUGUCAGCUUUUGAGAACGGAAUACCCCUGACACGCACGUCCAGUGACCCCAAUCUUAACAAGCACUGCCAGGAGGAUCGCCCCGUCUUGGAGGUUUCACCCACCCCAGAUCGUACAUCUGUAGACUGCUCUGACGAGGUCGUACCUGAAAGCAGGGAUGAAAAUCCGCUACAUCUACAUCCUCCAAAGUCCUCAGAUGGUGCUGAAUCUUGUGAGGAUGUAACAGAAGAGCCCUGUCUCACCACUCAGCCUCUGCCAUCCCUGCCUCUUCCUCCUGCCCCCCUUAAUUCUGACAUCAUCCAAACUCACACUCCGCUCCAACCUUCACUAAAUACAACUAUCACCUCUGUUCCAACACCUCCAAUGGAUCCCGAGAGCCCCUGUGAGACUGCUGAAAUUGCCGUACCCGCCCCGCACACCCCUAAAUCAGAGCCGUGCUUACCACCAAGCCACGACAGCCCACCAACCGCAGCCAUCUUGCUUGACAGUCAGGAAAGUGGCCUCCCCGAAUCCGCAGACCUCAUGGUUCAUCUAAAGCAUAUAAAACCUCUUGUUCCCAUGGAUGACUCCACUGAAACUCUCAAAGAUCAAGAUGAAAUUUGCUUUGGCCUCCAACCUGAACAGAGCGGUGGUCCAAUUUUGAAUUGUUUCACUGAUGAUGAGCAGCAGAAGGGCCAGGUGUCAGUUGAGCCUCACAAAGAGGAAGCCACAGAUUUUGAAGCGUCUACACUGGAUCGCAUCCAGGGAGAUGCUAGCCAUGUCAUCUCCCAGGGCCCGCUGACAGACAUAUCCCUAAUGGGCCCGCACUGGGAAAGCGUCCAGGGCCUAAUGCAGUCUGCCUGCAGCAGUGCUAGCCGCUACCCCGGACGCUCACUACAGAGCCGCCGCUUCGCGUACAAGCUUCUGCGCUCGCACGGCCUGGCUCUCAGCGGUUCCCAGUGCUGCCGUAAAGAAGCUCUCGGUUGUCCUGGCAGCCCCCCGCAGCCCGGAUGGCCGUCUGCGAAGCCCGCCGCGCUCUUUCUCAACGCGCCUGUCGUCAACAACUGCUCACUGACGGGCCACCAGCUUCCUCCCGUAUCGUACACCUCGCCAUCCGCCUGCAGUUCUCCCCUCCCGCCCCAAACUCCGGCGUACCUCGACGACGACGGGCUGCCGGUGCCCAUGGACGCCGUGCAGCAAAGACUGCGCCAGAUCGAGGCGUGCUACAAACAGGAAGUGGAGGUGCUACGGCAGCAGGUGCGACAGCUGCGGAUGAGACUGGAGAGCAAACAGUACAGCACGCCUCCUUCAGAGCCUGACGUUGACUACGAGGAUGAUAUUACCUGUUUACGGGAAUCGGACAACAGUCCUGAGGAAGACUCUCUGUCUACCCAGAGCGAGGACCGACUGUCUGAAGGCAGCUGGGAUCGAGUGGAGAGCAAGGACACAGAGGUCACGAGGUGGGUGCCUGACCACAUGGCCUCUCAUUGUUUCAACUGUGACUGUGAGUUCUGGAUAGCCAAGAGGCGUCACCACUGCAGGAAUUGUGGCAAUGUAUUCUGUAAAGACUGUUGUCACCUGAAACUCCCCAUCCCGGACCAGCAACUGUACGACCCGGUUCUGGUGUGCAACACCUGCCACGACCAGCUCCUGGAGUCCCGAACUCGCGAGAUCCGCAGCCAGCAGUUGAAAAAGGCCAUCGCCACAGCCUCCAGUUGA